AUGAAGAGUAGUUAUGGAUCGCCAUCAUCGUCUCCUCCAAGUCCUCCAUCCCCUCUUCCUGUGAGUGUAGGACCUGGAAAUCAAACCUAUUUCUUCUCUUCAUCUCCAUCUCCAUCUCCGUCUCCAUCACCGCCCUUUUCGCCGCCUCCUUCAAGCCAUACAUCGGCAGAAAACCUCCCUUUUCUACACGAAAAGCCGCCAAGUCCAAAGAGACCACCAUUGGCAUUUUCUUUGGAUCAUCCACAUGAUCAAUUGGAUUCGAAAACCUCCUGCCUACAAGACUUAACUGGGCAAUGUUACUUUUUGCUAUCACUUUAUCCCAGUUCUCCAACUACCAGUCAGUCAAAUACAUUACUACCCCGGUUAGAAUGGUUGGUAGAAAGAUGCUGCAGCAACUCUUCUUGGUGUCGUUCCAAAACCUCAGAGAAAAGCGGAGGAAUUGCACACAGCCAAAUUAACUUAGCCUUCGAGGUUGUGAAGAAGUGACCCACAACAUUUCCAAUUCAUUACAGACAUCUGGAUGAAGAACUAGUCAUAUAACAGAUGGAGCUUUGCUGAUAUGGAACACAAAUUGAUAAGAGUUUCGUUCUGUAAAGAUCAAGUUUUGUACAUUUUCACAUCAUAGAAGUUUUCAUUUCAUAAUUGCUCCAUCGUAACCUGAAAGUCACGGGAUCGAAUUGUAAAAACAAUCUAUUUGUUUACAGAGGUAUGACCGUAAACAUCCAACUGUCUCCAGAUCCAGAUCUCGAAAUGAUAGGAGUCUCAUGCUGUGGAUAAACUCUUUUAAAAGUUUUCAUUUCAUGAGAGAACUUUGAGUUCCUUUGGUUUAUACUUAAAUGCCUUUGUAAACCAUGCUAAUUUAUUAUGCAAGAUCCUUCACUAUUCGAAGUAA